AUGCUUGCAACUAAAUUACUGCCUGUUGCUGUUGCCAUUAUAACCAUCUUCACAAUAAAUGCGGACGCAAAGUCAUGCGGUACAAAUGCAAAUCUUAAUAUUCACGAAAAACCAUCUGUAAAUUCCAAGAUUCUUCAUGUAGCUCCAAAAGGUUCUAAUGUCGAUGUUAUCUGCCAAAUUAUUGGUGACACUAUCGACGGCAAAAACACUUGGAACAAAUUAGCAGAUGGCACCUAUUGUCUUAAUGCAUAUGUAAAUGGUGCUGCUGGUAUUCCACGCUGCGAUAGUCCUUUUGCGAAUCCUCUUUCUACCCCAACCAAUAAUGAUAAAAUUAAUGAUGAAGGUUUAAACCUUCUAAAAGGUUUUGAAGAAUUUAGGCCUAAUUUUUAUAGUGAUCCAGCAGGUUAUAGGACUAUAGGUUAUGGUCAUGUUUGCCAUGCUGAUCCAACUAAUUGUAAUAAUAUUCAUACUCCAAUCUCUCCUGCGCAAGGAGAAAUUUUACUUCAGAAUGAUAUGAUUCCUCAAGAGGAUUGCGUUAAAAGACUUACAACUAUUAAUAUAAAUUCAAACCAAUUUUCUGCUUUAGUCUGUUUUACAUUUGAUCUUGGAUGUGAUGCUUAUGAAAAUUCUUCUUUACGCAAAAAACUUAAUGCUGGUGAUAUAAAAGGUGCCGCUAAUGAAUUUGCUUUAUUUAACAUAGCUGGAAACAAAGUACUUAAUGGUCUAGUAAGACGCCGUAAAGCUGAGAGAGAUCUAUUUUGCAAAAGUGGUGGAUGUUAA